AUGCUGCUCCGGGGCCGCAUCUUGACUUUCCUCUUCUGUUCGGCGUACAUGGGCCUGGCGAGUGCGGGGGUUCUUGUGAACUUCCAGGUCGCACAACCACCUCCUGUGCCCAAAGAUGCGAAGCAGUGCACGGUGAAGGUUUUGCAACGUGAUUUCGCCUUUUCGUUUGGACUAGCUGAAGUCGUUCAACUCGAACCGCCUACGGAUUGUGGACCUGUUGGCUCAUGGGCUGCCAUUACCCUCAACUUCACUGUCACCAGCAAUGGCACUCAGUUCGAUCGUCUCGGCAUCUUUACCUUCCAGAACGUUGAAAUUUGGCGAACCUCCACCCCUGAGCCGACUCGAGGAGAUGGCAUUAUCUGGACCUACAUCAAGGACGUGACGCGCUAUACCCCGCUCUUCGCCAAACCCGGUACCUUCAUCCUCCAGCUAGACAAUUUGAUCCAGGAGGGCUUGGAUGGAAUAUACUCCACCGUUCUACAUGCAACGUACUACGCGUCGUCUCCCGCUAACCCUCCUGCACCCAAGGCUGACCUUCUCGUGCCCAUCUCGAACAUGAGGAAUGACACUGGAAAUCACGUUUCUGUUCCACCUGCCUUCUCUCUCAACAUAACCCUUCCUCGAAACUCUGUACGCGUAUUCGCAGAGUUGUACGCAUCUGGAAAUGGGAACGAGGAGUUCUGGUACUUCAACACUGCGAACCAAUUCUUGCCCGACCUACCCGAGGGGUUCCUGGGCCAAGGACCCUUUAGAGAGGUUAGGAUUUUGGUCGACGGACAAGUGGCAGGGGUUGCAUACCCAUAUAUAACGAUCUUCACUGGGGGAUUCGUACCAACUGCCUGGAGACCCAUAUCCUCAUACGGAGCACUCGACUUACCCACCUACUUCUUGGACCUUACACCCUUCGUCCCGAUAUUCGCAGACGGAAACCCGCAUAACGUCACUUUGGAUGUUGCUUCAGCGGAGGACGACCACACUGUCCUGCAAAACUGGUUCCUCUCAGGCGUUCUCCAAGUCUUCGUCGACAAAUCAUCAAAGCCUACAACAGGAAAAAUUACAACAUACUCCGUCCAUCCUUAUUCACAGUCCAGCACUGUCGGAACGGUCGGUGGUGGCGAUGUCAACGUUACCGUCUCUGCUAGUCGGAAGCUGCGCAUCGAGUCGACCAUCAUCAGUGGCAGUGGGAAAGUGAACCACGUCGUCUGGACACAGAAUAUGCAAUUUAAGAACGUGCAGUUCCUUUUGGAUAACACUAACACUCAGAAUUUGAUCCAGACGUCCACCGGAUCGUUCCUGUCCACUCAUAACGGGGUGACGGUGCUUUCUGAUCAAUAUUCAUACCCCAUUGCCAUCAACUUCUCCAACUUGGACGCCACUGGCCGUAGCUGGCAAACGCAUUUUGAUCACUCGUACAUUCGCGACCUUCUCCCGAUGCCCAUCGUCGUCAGGUCAAAGAUCGAAAACCAUCAACUAGCGGGAGGCUUCUUCUUCUUGAUGACAGGCGGCAAUGUAGGCAACGGAACCAGCAGCAACGUGUUCAGCUAUGUGGAUGCGACAGGCAACACGUACUCUCGAUCCGUCGACGCCGUUCUGAACAACAUCACCCUCGACAUAGAGUCCGGUACACUUGCGCCUGCGCUAGCCGCACAGAAACCCCUGGUACAGCCAUUCUCGGGCUUCGUUGGCAAGGCUGCACGCCUGCCCAACGGUCGCAGAGUCCAGGGCUCAUAA